AUCAGCUGAUCAAAUGGAGCACCUUCAGACCAGACAGACUGUCAUCGGUUAAAGCCGGGCCUGCGAUCGGUGGACGCGUGACUGAUAUAGGGAAGGGCAAGUGGAGAGAAAAGCGUGCGCAAGGACAGACAGAAGGUGUCGUGGAAGUCGUUUGAAAAUCUAUGAAGUUUGAAUGGAUGUCCGCACUUGAGAUGAAGGUUUUAUAGAUCUCUGGACACUGAAUCGAGAGCGAGCAGGAAAACCAAAAUAAGACUCCUCGCUAGGUAUCAAGUUCACCUGCACGCGCAUCUGGAGAAGGUAAUAACCACGAUGUAGCCAAUAAAUGCAGACUAUUGGAGCGACCAGAUGUUGCCUCUACAGUGGUCAAAGGGUGUUAUCUGAUGUCACCUGUGGGACCAUAGUUGAGGGAAAAAACUUUCAUUUUCACCUCAAGCAAUAUACCUCCCCUCUCACUGACUGACUUCUCUGCCGCCCAAUCACUGAUCCCAUCGCCACUUCCCCUCUGAGCCACCUCCAAUCCAAAACAAUGGCUACCUACAGCCCCGCCCCCAGACAAGACUCGCUCUGCGAGGAGAGCAAUGGCGGCACUUCUCUCAAAUCGGCAGGCUCCAACGAAUCCAUGAAGCUGAAGAAGGAGAUCUCGCUCCUGAACGGCGUCUGCCUCAUCGUGGGCAACAUGAUCGGCUCAGGGAUCUUCGUCUCCCCCAAAGGAGUGCUGAUCUACAGCGCCUCCUACGGGCUAUCGCUGGUAGUGUGGACCAUCGGGGGCAUCUUCUCCGUGUUCGGGGCCCUGUGCUACGCCGAGUUGGGCACAACCAUCACCAAGUCUGGGGCCAGCUACGCCUACAUCCUGGAGGCCUUCGGGGGCUUCAUGGCCUUCAUCCGGCUGUGGACGUCGCUGCUCAUCAUAGAACCAACCAGCCAGGCGGUUAUAGCCAUCACGUUCUCAAACUACAUGGUGCAGCCCAUCUUCCCUACCUGCAUAGCUCCGUAUGCAGCCAACCGUCUGCUGGCUGCAGCCUGUAUCUGUUUGCUGACCUUUGUGAAUUGUGCCUAUGUGAAGUGGGGGACCAGAGUCCAAGACUUCUUCACCUACGCCAAAGUCAUAGCCCUCAUCGCUGUCAUCAUCACAGGCCUGGUCAAGAUAGGACAAGGUCAUACCAAGAACUUCGAGGGUCUGUUUGAGGGCUCGUCCACAGACCCUGGGGACAUCGCUCUGGCUCUGUACUCUGCGUUGUUCUCAUACUCUGGCUGGGACACCCUCAACUUCGUCACAGAGGAGAUCAAGAACCCAGAGAGGAACCUGCCCAUGGCCAUUGCAAUCUCCAUGCCCAUAGUAACUGUGAUAUACAUCCUGACCAACGUGGCUUACUACGCUAUCUUGCCCAUCCAAGCCAUUUUAGACAGCGAUGCCGUGGCUGUGACAUUUGCCGACCAGGUGUUCGGAGUGAUGAACUGGACGAUCCCGCUGGCUGUGGCUCUCUCCUGCUUCGGAGGACUCAACGCCUCCAUCCUGGCCGCCUCCAGGCUGUUCUUCGUGGGCUCCAGAGAGGGUCACCUGCCCGACUACCUGUGCAUGAUCCACAUCACCCGCUACACACCCAUCCCUGCCCUGCUCUUCAACGGUGCCAUGGCCCUGGUCUACCUGUGUGUGGAGGACAUUUUCAGACUCAUUAACUACUACAGCUUCAGCUACUGGUUCUUUGUGGGCUUGUCCAUUCUGGGCCAACUUUACCUGCGCUGGAAACAGCCUGACAGAGUGAGACCACUCAAGCUCAGUCUGUUCUUCCCUAUCGUCUUCUGUCUCCUCACCGUCUUCCUGGUGGUGGUCCCGCUCUACAGUGACACUGUCAACUCCCUGAUUGGCAUCGGCAUCGCCCUAUCAGGGGUGCCCGUCUACUUCCUGUGUGUCUACACUCCCGCAAACAAAAGGCCCAUGUGGAUUCGCAAGAAUAUUGCCUCUUUCGGUCUUCUGAUUCAGAAGGUGUGUUACUCUGUUCUGACUGAGAUGGACACCGAUGACAAGGCAGAUUAGCGACCCUCAAACUAACAUCUCACUGACUGAAGACGCACAAAAUCAGAGGCUCAACCACACCCAGGUGGCCAGAUUCUUCCACUGAGUGGCCAAGAACAGGGUGCUCAUGUCAGCAAGAGAAAUCCUUCGCUGGACCAAGCCCUGGCUAAUCAAUCACGUACAUGAUCAUGUACUGAAUAGACAAUGGAGUCCUGCCAUGGCCAAGAUGUCACAAAAGCAGACAUCACAGAAUAUUCUUUACAUUCCACAAGAAUAAAUUAAGCAUUCCUGUCUUUGAGAUAUAUUUGUAGUUUUAACCGAACAAUGAGGUAGAUCUCUCGAUUAAUUGUUCA